GGGAGCGUACAUCGCUUCGAUCUCAAACAUCAACACAACCAAGUUUGAUUGCGAGAGAUGUGCAAUGGACGGAGCGAGGUGCUACAGAGGCAGCAAGGGCCAAAGUAUACAAUCGAACAAGUGCGCCCGGUGUAUGGUUAUAUAUGUGCCGUGUGAUCUCAGCAUGGCAAAGAUCGAGCCCGCUUGUCCUCGAGGAGUCACCAUCAACACUGGAGAGAGGCUGCACGUCGUUACCAAAUCUCUGGACAGAGUGAAGAAGGAACACCCGGGCAUACUUGACGGAUGGAAAGGAGGAGCCGAGCUUGUUGCGCACAUCAAUCCAUCCGGUGAUUACUAUGCAAAUCUCGCUCCUACCGAUCCUACAAGCCUGCAGUGGUUGCGAAACAUUCUGGAAUACCUCCCACAUUGUCAUUUUGACAAGGGUACCCAAUGCUACACGGCGACCCUUGACUCAACCAUCAACAUGCUUCCGUUUGCUAUAAGCAAAGGCAAGCAGGAAAACGUGCGUCGAGGAGGUACUCCUUCGAUCGACUUGGUCGACGACGGUUGUCACUUGAGGGAAACCAUGGAGUCGUCAGAGGCAGAGGCAGGAACCUCGGAGAAAGCGUCUACUCGCCCUGCGACCCAGAGGCAAACAAUUGCGAUCGAGAGGAGCCCGAUGAAGACCCAAACCCCAGAAAAGGAAGAAUUCGGCUCUGCCAGGCGGGAAGCUGGCCCUGCGAGACGGAUCAGAAUUGAAGAUAGAAAAGACCGAUCUGGUACCGCCGCCAGCACCACUUUGGCUCGAGCGAACGAUCAAUCGGGAGCCUCUAGCCCGAACAAAACUCUUUCUGCCAGUCGGGAUUCCAAGUUCUUGGUGGAUGCGAUGGGUUUCCGAAGUGGGGCCACGUCGUCACAACCCCGCAUCAUACGAUCUACCGCCACCAGUGGUGAGGCUAGCCGGAAGGCCCCUCCAGUUUAUGGCGGUGAGGUGUUGAGCGAUAGCGAGGUCGAAAGUCGCCCGAAGACAAGGAAAAGGAAGAGGAGAAGCGACAGCGAGGACGAGGGCGAGAGCGAAGACGAGCGCGGGGGCGAACCAUCGUCGAGGAAGAAACUGGAGGACCCACAACGAACUUUGACGUUGCACAUGAUCGACAGCAUGCCGCAACACUCGAUGUGGUACAGGAAGAGGUUGAUGGUAUUAGAGGGUAUCAUUGAUAGCCACACCGAAGGCGAGGGAGGAGAGUUGACGGGUCUCAAGACCGAGAUAUAUCAGUGGUAUGCCAGUACAAUCAACGGACCCAUUCGGUCAAAUAUACAAUGAUCAUGUAAUACGAGGUCUCUUAUCUCUAGUUCUUUGCUCUACCUGAGUUGGGCAUCGUGCUAUUGAAGCGGGAUGUGACCGGUGCUUGCGUUGUUGAACGAGAUAUACUGGAUGAUCAGGGACUCUGAAUGGUCAAAAGAUGUCUAUACGAUAAAUGGGCUAUGAACCAAGAUCUGUGGCCAGGCGAUCGAGAUAUCAUCAAUAUCAACAGUUGUACG